UCCGGGAUACCAAAAUGUCGCCCUAUAAGACCAAGUGAUAUUAAAAUUGAGGGGCCGACAGCAAUGGCGAUGUUGACAUCUUUUAAACCUUCACUUACGAUGAUUGUCGAGGUAGUCGAAGAAGAUGAUCUGUCUAUCCCACCGAGAGAAUCUCUUGCACCAACAACACAUGACCCAGAAGAAGGCACCAAUGCUACAUCGGCAAAAUCCUCACUUAGUGCUUCCUCUCUCCCUUCCAACUUUAUCCUAACAAUCGUCUCGUCUUUCACCCUAACCCUCUCAACAUGGGGUUUCUACAACAGCACUGGCAUUCUCCUUUCUCACCUCUCUAUCCACAACCUCCCGGACACACCCCUCCCCUUCCUCUCCUUAAUCCCCGCCCUCAACAUUCUCCUCACGCUUCUUCUUUCUUCCCCUCGGUCCCAUAUACGACACCUACGGUCCACUUCCCCUUCUAAUCCCCGGCUCUCUCAUCUACAUCCUCUCUUUACUCCUCCUAUCUUUCUGUUCCUCCCUACUCCAUUUCCUGCUCGUAUAUGGAGUCCUCAGUGCUUUAGGCAUGGCACUUCUCUGUACAGUUGCCAAUGCGAUGCUAAACACCUUCGAAGGAACAGGGUAUAGAGGAUUGGCGACGGGUAUUGCGCUAGUGGGGAAUCCAACGGGAGGGAUUAUCUUCACUUUUGUGUUGAAAGCGGUACUGGAGAAUUUGGAAUGGGCGGAUGCUAUGAGAGUUGUGGCUGGGGGAGUGGGAGUUUUAGUUGCAGUUGGGUAUUUGGCUUUCUUGCCUCGUGGGGGUUCGCGGAAAAGAGGGGUUGGGCAUCGGGAACGAGAUGGAGACUGCAAUGUUAGUACGACGACUACUAACACGAGAAAUGGGGCUUCAUGGUGGAAAUUUUGGCAUGAAAAGAAAAUCCAUGGUGAUUGGGGUUUAUUGCGUGAUAAAAGGUUUUUAUGGUGUAUGGCUGGCAUUUCGCGUAAGUAAUUCAUCACUUUAAUACUUUCUUUUGACUCUAUUCUAUCUUCCUUAUGUGAUCUGUGACGAGUCACAUACAUAGAUAUGUCAACACGACUAACCCAUCCAGUAUUCGAGUUUGUACUCGUGGGCACCACGGGGUUACUCCCUACAUAUGCAUUGAAACAGGGCUUUUCAACCUCUGUUUCUUUCAAUGUUGUCGCUAUUGUUAAUGCGUGAGUCUCCCUCUUCCCAGUUAUCUUCCAAAUCUACCAGACCUCCUUUCUCCCCUCUUCAUUUCCCCAGCCUGCAACCGCCACCAUCCCACUAAAACACAACAAAACCAGCGGAUCCAUCCUCGGACGUCUCCUCUCCGGUCCCCUCUCCGACCACCUCGGCCCCUACAACAUCGUCCUCCUCUGUCUAGUCUCCGUAUCCCUCCUUUCAAACUUCAUAUUUUUCCUCCCCACCUCUACUCUUCCCAUCUCCUCAACCCCAACCUCCCCUUCAACCCCCAAAAUCCUCCUCUACCUCUACGCCUCCCUCUCCGGCCUCGGUUCCGGCGCCAUCAUGAGCUGCGCCCCGCUAUGCAUAUCCGCCCUAUGUCCCUCUCACGUGUAUGCUCGCUGGUGGGGUGCCAGUCAGCUGGGUGUUGCGAUUGCGUAUGUAUUUUAUCUUCUCCCUUAUUAUCAACUUCCCUAUUAUCUCUUUUUCUUACCCCGUUUCGUUUACUAAUUAACGAGCGAACUAACUAACUGAAUGCCAAUUUAAAAGAUGUUCUCUCAGUAUUCCCCUCUCGUCUAUAAUACUCUCUCGAGUAGCCCAUUCCCUCUUCAUCUCCUUCUUCGGUUUCAUACUCCUUCUUUCUGGGUUGUGUUUUGCGCUUGCGAGAUGGGAGGUACUGGGGCGCGAGUGGACGUGGAGCGUUAGAGUAUGAUUGAUAGAGUGGGAGAAUUGGGCAAUGUCAGGUGUACUGUAACUUUUCUAAAGACCUAAGGAAAAUGAUGGAAGUCACAUUUGAGGUCUUCAUAGCCAUAAAAAGUUAUUCAACCUCAA